UGCUGUCGCCUGUUCGGGCGCACGGGGUCGUGGCGGCUGCUGCUGCUGUCGCUGCUGUCGCUGCUGUCGCUGCUGUCGCUGCUGUCGCUGCUGUCGCUGCUGUCGCUGCUGUCGUGGCCGCGGCCCGCGCUGGAUCGGCAGCUGUGGAAAGUAAAGCAUCAGUAGUGGACGACUCACCCCUUGGCCAGACCAAGUCCAGACACUGAAGACUCCCAUUCCAAUUCUCCGUCUGCUGGGCUCGGGCCUCUCCAAUACCCCUCCGGACUACAAUGCAGCUGAGCCCGGCCCCGCGGAGCCUCCUGGUCCCCCUGCUCUGCCUUCUGGCAGCUGGUCCCGGGAUCGAUGCUUCCCCCCGUCACCCGUCGGCCAUCUCUGCCGCCUCCUUCCUGCAAGAUCUCAUGCAGCGCUACGGCGAGGCCGACAGUCUGAGCCUGAAGCAGCUCAAGGCCCUGCUGAACCACCUGGACGUAGGGGUGGGGCGAGACAACAUCUCCCAGCCCCUCCAGGAGCCGAGGAAUCUCUCCAAGUGCUUUAGCUCCAACGCCCUGUUUGCCGCCCACAACUUGAGUCAUCAGUCGAGGAUCAGUGGAGCUGAAUUCCAGGAGUUCUGUCCCACCAUCCUCCAGCAGCUAGACUCCCGGGCCUGUGCCUCCGAGAACCUGGAGAAUGAAGAGAACGAGCAGACGGAGGAGGGGAAGCCAACUUCCGCUGAAGUGUGGGGAUACGGUCUCCUCUGUGUGACCGUCAUCUCCCUCUGCUCGCUUGUCGGGGCCAGCGUGGUGCCUUUCAUGAAGAAGACCUUUUACAAGCGGCUGCUGCUCUACUUCAUAGCUCUGGCGAUUGGAACCCUCUACUCCAACGCCCUCUUCCAGCUCAUCCCCGAGGCGUUUGGGUUCAACCCUCUAGAGGAUUAUUAUGUCUCCAAAUCGGCGGUGGUGUUUGGGGGCUUCUACCUCUUCUUCUUCACAGAGAAGAUCCUGAAGAUGCUCCUCAAGCAGAAGGACCAGCAACACCAUGGACACAGUCACUACGCCUCUGAGACCCUCCCUUCCAAGAAGGACCAGGAGGAGGGAGUGACUGAGAAGCUGCAAAAUGGAGACUUGGAUCAUAUGAUCCCCCAGCACCGGGACAGUGAGCUGGACAACAAGAACCCAGUGGUGGAUGAGAAAGCCAUCGUGGGCUCUCUGUCUGUCCAGGACCUGCAGGCUUCCCAGAGUGCUUGUUAUUGGCUGAAAGGGGUCCGCUACUCAGACAUCGGCACCUUGGCCUGGAUGAUCACCCUGAGCGACGGCCUCCACAACUUUAUCGAUGGCUUGGCCAUCGGAGCCUCCUUCACCGUGUCCGUUUUCCAAGGCAUCAGCACCUCCGUGGCCAUCCUCUGCGAGGAGUUUCCCCAUGAGUUGGGAGACUUUGUGAUCCUGCUGAACGCCGGGAUGAGCAUCCAGCAGGCUCUCUUCUUCAACUUCCUCUCUGCCUGCUGCUGCUAUCUGGGUCUGGCUUUUGGGAUCUUGGCCGGCAGCCACUUUUCUGCCAACUGGAUCUUCGCUUUGGCUGGGGGAAUGUUCCUGUACAUCGCCCUGGCCGAUAUGUUCCCUGAGAUGAACGAAGUCUGUCGAGAGGACGAAAGGAACGGCAGCGUCUUGAUCCCCUUUGCCAUCCAGAACUUGGGCCUGCUGACCGGCUUCACCAUCAUGCUGCUUCUCACCAUGUAUUCGGGGCAGAUUCAGAUAGGUUAGGAGGGGGCCGGGGGCAGCGGGAUCGGGGAUGGAACCCACGGCUUUCCGCUCGGCAGACCCGGCACCGGUAUGAAGACUCGACGCUGCAAAGCACUACAGAAGAGGCAUUUCUGCCCCAAUCCGUUCCCCAGACAGUACACGGUAUUAGAUGUCGACUGUUUAAAUUUCCCCUCCUAGAAGUAAACCGCCCCGAUAACUAGUCUCUAGGUAGUGCCGCCUUAUCCUCUGGCCUCUCCCUCACCCGACUUUCCCCAGAAUGACUCAAAGAAGAGGCAGACCGACCUCUCUUGCUCUUGGAUCGAGGCAGCCGGCAAUGGAAAUGAGAGGUCCGGACGCCCGUAUCCUCUUGAGCCUGCAAGCAUCCCGGGCCCAACGAGGCCAACGUCUAACCAUUGGAAGUCUUGGAAGGGUAGCGACGGGACCAGAUAUCUACCACCCUGACCCUAUGCCUGUUUGGAGAAGACACAGUAGCCGAGAGCUCCGGUUUUCCACCGACUUGAUCCCUUCAGAUACCGUCACCUCGUCGGCUCUGGGGGCUUUCGAAGGAGGCAGGAGCCGAGAGACCUGCUUGCUGUAAGAGCCUUUGGCAGGGAGGGUGCAAGGGAAAAGGGGGUUCUGAAGGGGAAGACAAAGCGAUGUCAUUGGCACUGGGUUCUUACUUUCCUGCAGGACCUUUUGGGUAUCAAAUUUGGGCCAGGAGCCCCGGUACGAUGUGGCUUUUCACCGUUUCCACCAAAGCAGCCGAUCACUAGAUAUGAUUUUAACCUUUUUCUCACAGGCAAAGUGGCGGGGAAUUGGGCCCCCACGUAGGAAACUCUGAUUUGCCCGUUUCUGCCCUUCUUAAGGGAGAUUCUCAAUCGCCUCCUCAGAAGCCAGGCGGGGGUAUGGACGUGGGCGGGUCCCUCGGAGGGGAGAAUAAUGCACAGAUCCACCUCUUCGGUCCGCCUCCCCCCUCUAACCGGCUCUGAUCGGAGCGACGUUUACCGUGCUCAACAAGAUGAGGGUGACCGGAAUGUGGAAGAGGGUAGCCGAGAUGCGGGGCUGACCGGUUUAAGUGGACGGGAGUGUCGGUGGCCGGCCACCGUGAAGAGCGAGAACACGGGUUCUGCCUCUUGAGCAGCACAGAGGACCGAGCUCACACUGUGAAUGUGUUUUAAAAUGUCACUGUGGAUCGUAUAGUCUUUCAAAGAAGCCAGAGCAGUUCUGACGCUGGUUACGCUCGAGCUCGCUUUAGAAGAUGGAUGUGCUGACUGUAAAACUCCAUUCCAGCUUUAGGCCACGGUGGGGAGGGGUCUUUGGAGAUCUGACUUCAGGGAGAGCUGUUCCCAGGUUCACUAGGUGAAUUCCUUUAUUAUUAUCAUAUUGAUAAUGUCUAAUUCUUCAGCUUGAUUGGGCCGUGAAGACCUCUGGAUCCCUUCAGGCAAUACCCCCACAGUGGCCGUGUGUUGACAGACCUUUUUGCUCAGUCUGGAGGGGUGGGAGUUCAUUGCCAGCAUCUAUGAGUUGUUGUGUGUGGUUUUUUUUUUCUUUUUAAUAUCUACGUCCUUUAUACGUGUCUAAGGGAAUAGCUGUAGGCUUGGUCAUAUGGCAGUCCAUCAUUUUCCAUUACUAUUGUUAAAAGCAGCUUUUUCUUCAUCUUUCUGGGAACUUUGAAUCACCCUGGAAAGAACCAUGUGAGAGAACGAGCUGUAGCUGCUAUUUUCCCAGGAGUUAUGAUGUAUCGUACUUUCCCGAGCACUUAAUACAGUGCUCUGCACACAGUAAGUGCUCAAUAAAUACCAUUGAAUGAUUGACCGAUUGAUUGUGUACUGCCGUGACUAGGAUAGGAGGCCGUCCGAGCCUCUGGGGAGAUGGAUGAUGCAAACGGUGGGGUGAUGUGGCAGAAAAACGAUCUAGUUUUACAGCCAGCCCCUUCCUUGCGUGUUGAGUACCUUUUUAAAAAUAUUUUUCUUUUAACGCCCUUGUCCUUUUGUCCACCUCCCCUUCCCUCAAAAAUCAUUUUAAGAGUGGAAGAAGUGGGCGAGGCUGCAGACCCUGGUUGGACAGAGAACCAGCUGAAAAUACAGCCACCUAAACCUGAACUUCAGAAGGCUUGCCUUACUUAAUCCACACUGAUGUUUUUAAGUGAGCAGGAGGUUCCCUCUCUCGGCCCUGGCCUUCUCCUCCCACGGUAACACCGAAACCCGGGUCUCCGGGUUUAGAGUUAAUUUGGGGCAGAGGAUACAACAGGUUGCAUUUUCAUUUUCAACCGGCAAAGCAGUACGUCACUUUUUCCUGCGCUUCCAUUUGUUAGCUGGACCCGCCUGAGCAAGUGCUACCGUCAGAGAAGUUCCCUUUUCUCUGGAAAUGGUGGCGGCCUAUCGCGUUCCGUGGGGCGAGGCAGAGGAUGGGGGGACGAGCUUCCUGUGGUGGGCAGUUGGCACGCUGCCUCCGCUGACGGAUCUGCCUGACGUAUCCAAAUUCGGCUUUAUUUGCGCUGGCGGGAAACACGCCGACAUUCAAUAUGCAAUUUCCUCUGGGCUCUUAAGUGUUGAAUUUGCUGUUUUAAGCAUUUGGAUGCGUAUGUAAAGCCCUACGGGUAAAUACCCUGAUCGGGUAGCCCUCUGUUUCCGUCUCUCCCGUGAUCUAUUCUUGAAUAGACCAUCUUCCGAUGAGAUGGUCGUGAGCUGAGCAGUUGCUGGACAGGAGAAGAUGUAUGUGAUCUCCAACGCGAUUAAUGGUGAAAAAAAAAAUUACACUACAGUGAGAGGGAAGGAAAAAUCUUGAAAGCCGUGAGGUUGACUUUAAUUGUUCGUAUUUCCCUUGACAGUUAAGACUAGAGCAAUUCCAUCACAGUAUUUUUUGAAUAACUCAGGUGUUUACCAAUAAAUAAGAACCAAGAAAAUAACAUGAUGUGGGCUGUAAAAAUGUUCUUUGUAAGACUGGAUAAAUAAAACUAUAUUCUGUAAUG